UCCAUUUGCAGAGAUCCUCUAUGGCUAACUAAUCUGUUACUAAAGCUUUCAAUUUGAAGGUUUAAAAACAUCCUUUCAGUUAUCACAUACUGAUGAAAUUAUCUAAAGAAAAGUGCCCUUCACAAUUUCCUCAUAGCUGCUUGACUGUCAGCUUCAUCUUGCUAUGAAAACUGUAUUUACACAGCCAGAAGGAAAUAUCUUCAGAGAACACCUCCUGGUCAAAACGAGAACUGAGCUUUAGCCGUCCUUUCUCUUUUGUCUUGUUUCAAAACCCCGUGGGACAAGUACUGCAGAAGUUCACAUGUCUUUGUUCUCAUCCUGUGUUUGCCUGGAACUUUUCUACAAAAUAAUUGAUGGGCAGGAGCAAUCAUACAGAAAGAUGAUCAAAGGGAUAGAUGACUGCCAAGUUACACAUUUCAUCUGUUUUAUUUAUUUAUUUAUUUAAGAGCACAUAAAAGAAACAGUGCUGCAGCUAUUUGAUAACCAUUAGCUCACUAUGAAUCUCUGUCCUCUGUCAUGGCUCAGGCAUUUGGCCAAGAGGACAAUAAAGCAAGUUGGUAGGGAUGCAGAGAAGUGAUGUGAAAUUUCACAAGGUUAGUCAUUUCCUACCCUUUCCAUAUUUUUUGUGGUUGGACUGCAGCAGGAAUGGUCUGAUCUCACGCAGCUCUGCAAAGGUCUCACUUGAGUGGGCUGGGUUGGCCCUGCAUCAGAGGCCACUCUUUUUUCCAGUUGUGUGUGGGCAACAUUGUUCCUUUGGCCACCGAAGCCCUGUCACUGAUUUCAGUGUUGUCUGGUUAUCGACAGCAGUUUUAAACUUAGUGGUAUUCACUGUUGUAGUAGUGGGGUUGGAUACGCAAUGGAAUACACACUCUGUAGUAAAGAAUAUGCUUUUUUAUUAUUUACUCCCGUCUUGUCUUCUUUUGGUGGUAGUCCCGAUUGCUGAAUACAAGCUCCUCUUUUUGCAAGCUACAAGAAAUAUUCACUGAUAACAUUACUGAGGAAUCAGAAAACUAUUCCUCCCCAGAAGGGGAUGCGUGGCUCGGGUUCUAGAAAUGUGUAUAAUUCGCUACAGAGACAAGGACGGGGCCUGGUUUAGGAUGUGAGAGCACUUUGCUGUCCCUCCUCCUUGCCAUCAGGUCACGGCCACAGAAGCACGAGCAGGGAAACGCAGGCACGGCGGUGCUUGGCGCCCUUCUUCCUGCUCGCAGGAGCGGAGCCUGAGGGCAGCGGGGCCGGUUCCCUGUCCCCCAGUUCUGUCUCCGGGCCUUCUCCCCGCAAGGCCGGAGGCGGGGGGGCGGCUGAUGGCCGGCUGCCGCCCGCAGCUGCGCCGCCGUUCGGCGCCUUAAUGGCGGCACCCCACAGCCCCUCACUCCUCUCCCCCCAUCCCCGCAGCCAUGCUGCCCGCCUGCCGCCGUCCCGCCGCCUGGGGCGGGUUAGGGCUGGGUCCGGGCCCGGGCCCGUCAGCGGGCGGUGGUGCCCGUCAGGGCGGCCUCGCCUUCUACGCGCUGUGGGGGCUGCGGGAGCCGCCGCGGCGGCUGGGCAGCCAAUCCAGCAAGAUGGGCUACCAGGCUUGGCUGCCCCUGCCGCUGCCCAAGCAGCUGGUAGUGUUUGGGCUGGGGGACUGGAGCUCAUACUCCCCGGACACGAGCAUCGCCGUGGAUGUGCUGGUGGCGCCGGGUGUCGGAGCGCAGCGGCUCGGCACGCUGGGGCCCACCCGCAGGUCUCUGGUGUGGGAAGGUGACUGGAGGAUGGAUAUUUUUAUGGCCUCCUUGAAAGAGAUGGACAAAGGCAACUCUGUGAAACUUGUCCUGACUGUUGAUGGACAGCUGCUCCGAGGAAUCUCCAGCAGCACGCCUGCCCGCCCGUUUCUGGUCCCGGAGAUGACCCCGUCCCCCGUGCUCCCAGCUGACGAUGUGCCCCUCAGUCAGGACCUGGAGGAUCCUUGUGCUGUCAAGAGUCAGAGCUCAGAGAUGGCUGCUAGAGCUCCCAGGCCUGGGAAGAAGGAUUUCCGCCCACCGCUGAGGACCCUGGUGGUACCCUGUGCCCUGGAGUCACCAUCUGGCAAGAUGGAACCCAGUGAGGCCUGGAGGAAGAGCCCUGUCUGCCCUAAGAAGCCCAGGAAAGUUUUAUUUGAACCCAGAGCAUCUGAGAAAGAUCUGGAUGCAGAAGAUCUGGCAGUGGAGGAGUUGCAAGGCAGCCCCAGCCCGCGGUGGCGCCAUGCCAUGUGCCUCAGUGACCCGGCAAUGGCUGUUCUGGUUGGCGGAGAAGGCGUCGAUCAGCGGUCCUGCAAGGAUGCGCUCUGGAAACUGGAAACUGACAGCAAUUUCUGGUUUCCAGUGGGUCUCCAGCGAGAAAAUGCUAUGCCAUCAUGCUUGCGUGGUCACACUGCUACGUAUGACCCAGACACCAAGCGUAUCUACGUCUUUGGGGGUAUAAAGGAGGACAAAGACUACAGCAGCAUCUACAUUUUGGACACGGUCACCUGGAAAUGGCUUCCUGUGGCUGCUAAAGGGCGGGUGCCAAUGCUGACUUACCACAGUGCAACUAUCUACCGCAAGGAGCUCUUUGUUUUUGGAGGGACUUUCCAUAAAACGGCAUCACAGGCAGUUGGACCCUGCAGCAAUGUGCUCUACGUCUUCAAUCCAGAGCAUGAAAUUUGGUACCAGCCCAUCUCAGAAGGGGAGAAGCCUCUGCCUAGGUUUGGGCAUUCGGCUACUCUGCUGAAGAACAAGCUGCUGAUUUUUGGCGGUCAGAGGACUUCUCUCUACCUCAGUGACAUGCACAUCCUGGAUCUGGGUUUCAUGGAGUACACACCAGUCCCUCUCCUUGCAGGACAGCCUUCUGCACGUUGUUUUCAUGCAGCUCUGGCUGUGUCGGACUGGAAGGUUCUGAUCAGCGGAGGCUGCAAUGCCAGGGGAGCCCUGCAGGACGCCUUUGUUUUUCACCUAGAUACUCUUUCAUGGAGUGCAGUGAGCCACCAUGGCCUCUGCUCUGUGCCCCGAGCUGGCCACACAUUGCUUCAUCUGACUUCCCCCCACGUGAUGGCUGUAGGCAAGGAGAACAAAGAUGAGCAUAACCUGCACACAGUGUUGGUCUUUGGGGGCUCCAACUGCGCCGGGACCUUUUACAACAGCACAGUCAAGAUCCAGCUGGACCUAGGAUAAUGCAGGGUAAUCAGAAUGAGUCUGGAACUGCAAGGACUCUUCACCAGCAUAAAGACAAGGGUGGCAAUAAAUGAGUCCAAGCAACGUGGCAGUCCAAGUUUCUAUAUGCAGGUGAAUGCUGCCUUGGCACAUAUCACUGAUUCCUGAAGUCUUUCUGAAUGCUGUGGGUAUUGCCCUCUUAGGGCAGCUGAUACACAGCAUUAGAUUGGCAGAAAUGCCCUCCCGUAUCACUGGCUUGGUAGCUGAAAUUUCAGUGGGAUCUGAGCGAAGCCUGCACAGAAACACAGUCACAGGUUUCUGGUUUUCCUUCUUGACCUACAGGUUUCUGGGCUGGAAUUUCUGGGGUGCUCUGAGCUCUGAAGAUCACUCAGCUGUGUGGUUUCAUUUGGGAUGGGUGGGAUGGGACUUAAUGCUGCAGGCUGGAAGUUCCUCAGUGUCAAAGUACCAGCAAGUUUCUGGCUUGGUGGGAAAGAAUAAAGUUUGGAUUCCCUUGGGAAACAGUUUGCAGCUGAGAACUAGGAGAAAGCCUACAGCAGUGUCUAAGGAUAGGAAAAGGAAAAGAAUGCCAUCAUUUUCAACACAUGGGAGUGAGCUGUAGUCUUGCUGACUACAGCACAACUGCUUUGCU